AAGGGACGCAACAACUGGCAGUAUCAGUUGACAUCCUUCCACGAUACACAACAAACGUAAACCCGGAACAAGCUUUCGUAGGAUCGUGAUUGCUACUGCUUGUUGCUGACAACUAGCUAUCAAAGUUUUACCAAAACGAAUGAUUUAUUUUUACCAGUACAAAAUUUUAAUCUCGCGUAAUAUGGAAUAAAAGCGUAUGCCCCGAAAUACUUGCAUCUCGUACUUAAGUCGAAAUUUAGAAGGACAUUUUCAGUCAAUUCAAUAAAGAGGGCGACGACAAAAGUAAGCAUCAGUACGAACGACGGAAGGAACAUAGCAGUGUCGUCAUAGAAAUUAUUGAGCUACAUAUUCGAGCAACUUGACAAACAAAUUGACAAAAAGUCGAGAAGAUAAGGGGCUAUAAUUUUGUUAAACAGCGCAAAUCCUUAUUACGAAGGAAGAAAUAUCGACAAAGAAGACUGGGAUUAAGUUUUAGUUUGUAAGAUCUUCUUGAGUGGAUAUCCAAUUGUUCUUAGAUACGAAAGCGGAUAUAACAUGGAUUACUUUCAACUUGUCUGUGCCAUUGGCAUGGUGCUUUUAGCGAUCUACUAUUAUUAUACCUCAACCUUUGACUACUGGAAAAUUCGUGGCAUACCCGGACCGCAACCUACUGUCUUGAUUGGCAAUUUCAAAGAUAUUUUACUUAGAAGAAUGUCGCUAAGUGAUAAGCUGAGAGAAGUAUACGAGGAAUAUAAGAAAGAGCCAAUGUUUGGAAUAUUCGAAGGAAUGACGCCUAUCCUCGUUAUUAAAGAUCUAGAAUUAGUCAAAGAUGUUCUCAUCAAGGACUUUCCUCUAUUCGUUAACCGAGGUUUCCGCUUAUUUUCAAAGGCAGAACCACUGGGAGAACAUCUGUUCGCCCUGGAGGCGGAAAGAUGGCGACCAAUGAGAGCAAAACUCUCCCCAGUAUUCACGUCAGGCAAGCUGAGAGAAAUGUUCCCUCUCGUAAUAGAAUGCUCGAAGAAUCUGGAGAAAUACUUAGACGGCGUGGCCCAAACGGGUAAACCAGUGGAGUGCCGCGAUUUGGCUGCGAAAUUCACAACCGACGUAAUUGGUAGUUGCGCUUUUGGGAUCAACAUGAACGCUCUCUCGGAUGAGAACAGCAAAUUUCGCGAAGUAGGCAAAAAAUUGUUCGCACAGACCAGGCGAAUGCAAAUCAGAGAUAUCUGUCGGCAAUUCCUGCCAAACAUCUACGAAAUAUUUGGCCAUCUACUGCAAAUUCCAGGAGUCGACCAAUUCUUAAUAGACGUGGUCAGAGACACGAUGAAAUACAGAAGAGAGAAUAAGAUAGUCAGACCAGAUUUCAUCAACACGCUGAUGGAACUUCGAGACCAUCCAGAGAAAUUAGAAAAUAUAGAACUAACAGAUUCAUUGCUCACCUCGCAAGCCUUUGUCUUUUUCGCGGCUGGGUUCGAGACUUCCUCAACGACGAUAUCUCACGCUCUUUACGAACUAGCGCUAAACCAACAUAUACAGGACAAAUUACGUAAGGAAAUCAGAGAGGUUUGCGACAAACAUCAAGGAGUUUUAACGUACGAAGCAGUUAAAGAGAUGAAAUAUCUAGACAAGUUUUUCAAAGAGGUGCUGAGAAUGUACCCGCUAAUACCGUUUAUAAUGAGAGAGGUAUCGGAAAAUUACACGUUCAAAGGCACCAAGGUCAGCAUAGAAAAGGGCACGAAACUGUGGGUGCCAACUUGUGGAAUCCAAAAAGAUGCAGAUAUCUACCCGGAACCUGAGAAAUUCGAUCCUGAAAGAUUCAACGACGAUGCUGUUGUUGCUAGACACCCUAUGGCUUAUUUGCCUUUUGGCGAUGGUCCAAGAAAUUGCAUUGGAUCUCGUUUUGCACAGUAUCAAAGCAAGGUUGGCAUUUUAGCGACCAUUCGCAAUCACAAAGUCGACGUUUGUGAGAAAACUAGGAUUCCCUACGAAAGUGAUCCCAGUUCAUUUAUGCUGACGUUAAAAGGAGGUGUGCAUUUGAAAAUAAUCAAAAUGGAGAAUUAAUAUACCAAAGAAUUGUAUUGUUAUACACAAUGAUGUACAUAUCUAGCUAAUUUUAAUUCGGCCAUUUAUGACGACUCUUAAAAUUGAUAAUAAAGUUACAGUAUCGAUUACAA